UUUGAAUUGAAUAGCUGAAGUUUGAAUAGCUAUCGACAAAUAGCAGAAAAGGACAAUUGGGCAUGUUUUUCAUCGACAAUUAUUAAUUGCGCGGAAGGAUUAAACAAACUCAUGGAGGAUUUGUUUUAACUAAAUGUAAAUGCAGCUUCUAUUCACGGUAGUUUUUUGAAGUCUUACACUAUUUACAGAAUGUAAAUUCCCCACCCAGAUAAAAAGCUGUCUGAUAUAAAUAACGGUCGCGACGGCAGUCGUUUUCAUUACAAAAUACGAUUACACGAAGCAUCGCAUCGUACGCAAACAGAUCAGUCGGUUAUAUACCUUCAUUCAUUGAUUUCUUCGUCAAAGUAAAAAAAUCUAUUCGUAAAUAAGAAGAGACUCUUACGACAUGUAUCUCUUGCCAUUGUUAUUCUCAAAUCUUCAUUUGGGAUUGGGUACUCCCACUAAUCCGAUAGAUCUCUUCACUGGAACUCUCGGUAGAAACCUUGCUCGAUCGCGAUUAUUCUCUCGCUUCCGUGAUCGUUAUUCUUCAAGUAAUUUUCACGGUCGCGAGGUUUUGGAUUUCUAUCCUUAUACCUCAUGGAGGAACCUAAAUCGUAACAAACAUGUCAUCAGUACUACGAGUAUCGACAGUGGCGGCUUCAAAAUCACCGUAAACGUGCAGCAGUAUAAUCCGGAGGAAAUCACCGUCAAAGUGGUGGACAAUUGGGUGAUUAUCAAGGGCAUGCACGAAAAGCAGAACAAAUCCAACGUUGGGUCCCAGCAGUUCGUGAUACGAUAUCUAUUACCUGGUAACUCUGACAUCGAUCAUAUAACAUCUUCGACAUCGAGUGAUGGCAUCUUGACGAUCAUGGUACCGUUGAAGAAUUAUCAAAAGGUGAUCCAGAUCGAGCAGAGCAGACAAUCGGCCGUUUCUUUUAAUAAUACGGGACAGGUUCGUUCGGGACAAAUUGGCAUGGAACAGAUUGAUGUUAGACAAGCUGGAUUUGCUGGCGCAGGACAAGCUGGAGUGGACGCGAGUUUUGCUGGCAUGGGACAGGCUGACCGCGUAGGACAGGUUGGCAUUGGACAGGCUGACGUUGGGAAAGCUGACGGAAUAAAUGAUAACAACUUAGCAGACACGAGGCAAGAUUAA